UUCAAGUCGCGCCUUCUCCUCCGCUGUGAGGCUCCUCGCUCCGGCCUCAGCGAACGCUUCCCGAACCCCCAAAAAUUACACCCCGCCAAGAGGAUUUUACGGGAAUAUCUGGAGCCACGCGCGGACAUGGAAUAGUUCCGGCCACGUACGAGCGAAUGAUAAAGGCCACUCACUCCAGAGAAUGAAGAUGCCUGAGGCUGGGAGUUAGAGCCCCCCCCCCCCCCCCCCCCCCCCGACGAGAGAGCUUUGUCCAGUGCUGGGGGUGGACCCAGAGAACCCUGCCUGGGGGGGAGGGGGGGGGGGAGCAGGACCCUCACAAGCCCGGAGUCUGGAAUAUGGGGGAUGGAGGAGCUGGUGCAACGGGAGGAAACGGGGCCAACAAGGCCCACGCGCUGUUCGACAACUUCGUCCAGGGGACCACGUGCAAGGGCACGCUCAAGGCCUUCCAGGAGCUGUGCGACCACCUGGAGGUCAAGCCCUGCGAGUACAGGGUCUUCUACCACAAGCUCAAGUCCAAGCUCAACUACUGGAAGGCCAAGGCGCUCUGGGCGAAGUUAGACAAGCGGGCGAGCCAGAAGGAGUACAAGAAGGGCCGCGUCUGUGCCAACUCGAAGUGUCUGAUCAUUGGCGCGGGACCCUGCGGCUUACGUACAGCCAUCGAGCUUGGUUUCCUCGGGGCAAAAGUGGUGCUCCUGGAGAAGAGGGACGCCUUCUCUAGGAACAACGUGCUGCACCUGUGGCCCUUCACCAUCCAGGACCUCAGGGGCCUCGGGGCUAAGAAAUUCUACGGAAAGUUCUGCGCUGGUGCUAUCGAUCAUAUCAGUAUUCGUCAGCUGCAGUUGAUUCUGCUCAAAGUGGCUCUCCUGGUGGGCAUCGAGAUCCACGUCAACGUGGAGUUCAAGGGUCUCAUCGAGCCCCCAGAAGACCAAGAGCCUGAAAGGAUCGGCUGGAGGGCCGAGGUGCACCCCAGGACCCACCCUGUCAACGAGCUGGAGUUCAACGUCAUCAUUGGAGCCGACGGGAGGAGAAACACGCUGCCAGGUUUUCGGCGCAAGGAGUUCAGGGGGAAGCUUGCCAUCGCCAUCACUGCCAACUUCAUCAACAGGAACACGUCGGCGGAGGCGAAGGUUGAGGAGAUUAGCGGGGUGGCCUUCAUCUUCAACCAGAAGUUCUUUCAAGACCUCAAAGAAGCAACAGGUAUUGACCUGGAAAACAUUGUGUACUACAAGGACGACACGCACUACUUUGUGAUGACUGCCAAAAAACAGAGCCUGUUGGAGAAGGGAGUCAUUCUGCACGACUAUGCGGACACAGAGCUGCUGCUGUCCCGGGCCAACGUGGACCAGGCCGCCCUGCUGUCUUACGCCCGCGAGGCCGCUGAUUUCUCCACCAACCACCAGCUGCCCGCGCUGGACUUUGCCAUCAACCACUACGGGCAGCCCGACGUGGCCAUGUUCGACUUCACCUGCAUGUACGCCUCGGAGAACGCCGCCAUGGUGCGCCAGCGCCACGGCCACGAGCUGCUGGUGGCGCUGGUGGGCGACAGCCUGCUGGAGCCCUUCUGGCCCAUGGGCACCGGCAUCGCCCGCGGCUUCCUGGCGGCCAUAGACUCCGGCUGGAUGGUGAGGAGCUGGGCUCAGGGAAAAACCUCUCUUGAGGUUCUAGCUGAGAGGGAGAGUAUAUACCGCCUAUUGCCCCAAACCACGCCGGAAAACGUCAGUAAGAACUUCAGCCAUUUCAGCGUGGACCCAACGACGCGUUACCCCAACAUUUGCCUUAACUUCCUCAAGCCCAGCCAGGUGAGGCACCUGUGCGACACAGGAGAGCCCAGGGAAAUGCGCAUCGAAAUCGAGAAUGUGAUCAACUCUUCGACGCCAAAGUUGGCCAGGAAUGAAUCCAUAGCUCGAUCCAGUAAGCUGCUGAAUUGGUGCCAGAGACAAACUGAGGGGUACAGGAAUGUCAAUGUGACGGAUCUUACGAUGUCCUGGAAGAGCGGUCUGGCCCUGUGCGCCCUCAUCGACCGAUACCGACCGGACCUCAUUGACUUUGGCUCCCUGGACGAGCGAGACCAGGAGAAGAACAACCAGUUGGGCUUCGACGUGGCGGAGAGGGAGUUCGGCAUCUCGCCCUGCAUGACGGGAAACGAGAUGUCUUUGGUGACGGAGCCGGACAAGCUCUCCAUGGUCAUGUACCUCAGCCAGUUCUACGAGAUGUUUAAGGACACAGUGCCCCCCGGAGAUAACCACAAUUUGAGCCCGGAGGAGAAGGCGGCACUGAUCUCCAGCACCAAAUCCCCCAUCUCCUUCCUCAGCAAACUUGGUCAGAGCAUUGCAAUAUCCAGGAAACGGAACCCAAAGGACAAAAAGGAGAAGGACGUGGACGGUUUGGGGAAGAGAAGGAAAACCAGCCAGUCCGAAGAUGAGGAGGCGUCCAGGAGCGGCCGUGACGACAGGCCGUCCGUCCCAGCCGUCCUGUCGGAGAGGAAAACGGACCCCGGCGCCGUGGGGAACCACAACAAGGUCAAAGUCAUGGCCACCCAGCUGCUCGCCAAGUUUGAGGAGAACGCUCCUCAGGCAACGGGACUCAAACGACAGGGGGAGUCUCUGCCCAAUCUGGAUCGCCUUUUUCCCCUUAGGGAGCCGGUGCGCCUGCCACCCGUCCCGGCGUGGAGAAAGGCCAGUGGUGGCGCGGACCAACUGUCCAGCUCGGGCUCUCGGAGCUGCCCAAAGAAAACCAUUCUGCUCCCUUCUUCUUCCUCCACUUCUUCGCUCUGUCUCCACUCAGAGGGCUCCCUCAGGAAGGAGUUCCCCGUCAACAUCGGCGGCAGCGACGUGUGCUUCUUCUGCCGAAAGCGCGUGUACGUGAUGGAGAGGCUGAGCGCCGAGGGGAAGUUCUUCCACCGCAGCUGCUUCAAGUGCGAAUACUGCAGCACCACCCUGCGGCUGUCCUCCUACGCCUUCGACGCCGAGGACGGGAAAUUUUACUGCAAGCCCCACUACUGCUACCGUCUGUCCGGCUACGCUCAGAGAAAGAGGCCUGCUCCCUCCCCCGGUCCCAUCACUGCUAAGGAGAACCAGGCGGCCCAAUCUCCCACGGCAACCGUGGAUGCCCCCGGGAGGGCGGCGCCGACGCCGGCGGCUGCAGCGCCCUCGGCCGAGCUCCAGCCCUCAGCACCGGGGGUAAACGGACUGCAGGAGCCCGGCCUGGCCAAACGUCUGCGGGGAACUCCGGAGCGCAUCGAGUUGGAGAACUACCGUCUGUCCCUGCAGAGGGAGGAGGAGCUGGAGGAGGUGCCCGAGGAGACGCUGGCAGAACACAACCUCAGCAGCGUGCUGGACAAGCCCACGGAUGCCGACCUGGGCUCCAGUAGCUCGGAGUCAGACAUGGAGGAGGAGGACGAGCAGGAGGACCAGGAUCUGGAGGAGGGGGAGCAGCAGCCUCUCAGCCCUUCGGACCUCGGAGGUGUUCCCUGGAGCGAGGCGGUAGAGCUCCGCGCUAAACUCAAAGGCAAGGAGGAGGAGGGGGAGGAGGAGGAAGAGGAGGAGGGGGGCGAGGCCCCAGCCGAUGCCGCCAGCAGAGACGGGGAAGUAGAUGAGGACAAAGAUGACGAUGAAGAGUCUAGCGAUGAGGGGGACUACUGCCCGUGGGAUAAAGAGCUGCAGUCUGGCCUUUGGCUGGAGAAGCACCUCACAGACCAAGAGGAUGUUGGUACAUUUAAAGCCCGAAACCUGCAGAUCCAACAAAUCCUUCAGCCGGUGGAUCCGCAGGCCAUUCCAGGUCUGGUGAGAACUCACCUGGACUCGCCGGCCUCGGCCUCCCAACCCUCCCAACCCUCUGAGCUCAAGCAGCCCCCCCGGACAGAGCCCUGUGAGGAUGAAGAUCUGGAAGCAGAAGCCGAGGGUCCAGACACGGAGCCGGGAACAGAGAUGGAUCAGGAUGACAUCCCUUCAGAUGCGGAAGCUGAGGCUCUCUUGCACCAGCCACAGCAAGUGCUUCCCGAGGACGAAGGGAAAUCAGAAAGUCUUCAAGUGGCCUCCAGUAUUGAGCCAUCCAGGGACAGCCCCCUGCAGAAAGAAGAGUUUCCUCUUCCCUGGCUCAAAUCUCCGGAUCCUGAUUCACAGAUAACGGCGGUGACGUCCCCCGGCACGCGCUUCUUCCCAGAACCGUUCAUACCCGAGGAAAUUAAGGCUGAGAGGCGCACUCCUUCCCCUCCCUUAGCCGCCACGAGCCCGCUGUGCCCGCCCGCUGCUCCAGCCCAGGAUGCCCCCUGCGUCCCGUCUCCUCCCGCUGCCUCGCCGCCCCCAAGUCCUCUCACCAGAUCACCGAUCGGCCCUCCGGCCAGCGAGUCCCCCGUCUGCUCCCCGAUCCGCACUCAGCCCGCCGCCGCGCCGGAGACCCGCGCGCCUGCUGCAUCUCCCGUCUAUCCCCACCGCUCCAUUUGCCCCCUCACGGGCAACCCCCUGUCCCCGAUCUGCGCUCAGCCGUUGCCCUGCCAGGAACCCUCGUCGCCCCUCGCCUCCGACUCCCCCGUCAGAACUCAGCCCGCCCCCGCCGUCACCUCCACCCCCUUGGCCAAGACGGACAGGCGCUCGCCCGAGCCGUCGAAGUCAAUGGAUUCCUCCGCAGAGGAGACGCCGUCUAAAAAGACGGAUAUCAUCGAGGAGUUUUGGAUGAAGAGUGCCGAGAUCCGGAAGAGCCUCGGCCUGACGCCGCUGGACCGCAGCAGUAAAAUCCUGGAGAAGAGCGUGCUUAUCGCUCCCGCGCAGGACUCCGCGCCCGUUAAGGCCCCCGACGUGACAGAGGAACAGAAGCCCCCCUUCGCUGGCCGAGCCGUCAUCCGCAGACUCAACAUCACCCUCGAGGGUCAGGUCAUCACCCCCAUUGCUCCCGCGGAGCCCAAGAGCAACGGCUCGGACCGGAGAGACGCCAGCAGCAGCUCCGGCUUGGGCCUGAACGGGAGCAUGGCCACCAGCCACACGGCAAACAGCGAGGGCUUCAACACGUCGGACUCCGUCAUGCUCACCCCACCCUCCAGCCCGCCACCCCCCGUGCCCGCUAACCAGUCUCCAGCCGUGUUCCGGCAGCAGAGGAACCAAGUGUCCUGGAGCAACGGAACAGGAAAGCCUCCGCCUGAGCCGGCGAAGGCCAAGAGCCCCGUUCCCGCACCGAGGACCCACCCGAGCCCCACGUCUGCACCCGUGCCCGCGCCCAGGAAGGUGUCCUCGCCGCCGCCGGUGGCACCACAAGCGUCUCCGGUGGCGGUCGUGAUGAGGGAGAAGAAGAAGCAGCCCCGUCCGCAGGAGGCGAGGAAGUCCUUCGUGGAGACGGUGGAGGAGAUUCCGUUCGCUGACGACGUGGAGGAGUCCUACGACGAGAGGACGCCGGAAACCAGCAUGAGCCGGUACUACACUCCCCCCACCAGCAAGCCCAGCAGGGAAAGACCUCCGCUGCAUCUGGCCCUGGCGAUGGAAAACGGUAAACCCAAUUUCCCCGUCAACCAAGCGCUCAAGAACCAGCGGGCGACGCAGUUCUCCCCGGAGGCCAAGGAGAUCGCAGAGGAGAGGAUGAAGGCCCGAGAGAAGUCCGUGAAGAGCCAAGCUCUGAAAGACGCCAUGGCCAAGCAGCUGAAUAAAAUGAAAGAGUCCGACGCGGACAAGGGCGCCUCCCCCAAAGUGGCGUGGAGCGUGACCGCGGACGUCGCCGCCAAAAGCAAAAAGUCGCCCGCGUCGCCAAAGUCCUCGGGCGUGAAAGCCCUGGAGUCGAAGAAGGCGGAGACUCUGCCCGAGCGCUUCUUCAACAGCAACAAGAGCCUGGACAGCUCGGCGGCCUCGUCGGACGGCUCCUCCUCCGCCAGCAAGAGCAAGAAGCGGAGUUCCCUCUUCUCGCCGCGCAAGAACAAGAAGGAGAAGAAAGCCAAGAACGACGGCGGCAGGCUCUCCGAGGCGGACGAGACUCCGCCCAAGCACAAGUCGCUGUGGAAGGCGGUCUUCUCGGGCUACAAGAAGGACAAAAAGAAGAAGAAGAAGGAGGAUAAAUCUUGUCCGAGCACGCCGUCCUCGAGCUCCACCACUCAGGACUCUGGGAAGAAGAAAGCGUCGCCUCUGGCGAGAUCAUCCGACCUGAAAUCACGCAGGAACUUGAGCUUCUCCGAGGAGUCGGACCUGUCCUGCGACGACGUUCUGGAGAGGUCCUCCCAGAAGUCAAAGGCAGACCAACACUUGGACAUCUUUGACCUUGUGUCAGGUCUGCAGAAGGAAGCGUUUAAGGAGGAGAAACUGCAGAAGGAGAGAAGGAGGGAGUUAAAGGAAAGAAAGCGGUUGAAAGAGAGUCAUAAUAAAAGAGAGCGGGAGAAAGAGGUUGACCGAGAAAAAGAGAAGGACAAUGAAGAGAUCGGUGCUGUCGGGUUCAGGGCCAGAGGCAUGACUUCAUCAACCGUAAACACAUUUAAGAAAAAAGAGUUUACAUUCAGUUGUUUUUCUACUAAUAUUGAUCUGAAUUUGGACCGUACGCAGCUCCGGGGGGUCAAAGCUGCGUCGUGCCUCAUGCGGCCUCAGAGAGCCCGCUGGAAUCAAGUAGACGCGUCUCGUGUGACCGUUCAGCUCUGUAGAUCCUCUGUAUAUGUCCCUCACGCACUGGCGUUCAAGAGAUCGUACGCCACAAAGAAAACCUACACAGAGGAAGAGCUAAAUGCCAAGCUGACACGGAGGGUCCAGAAAGCUGCACGACGGCAAGCAAAGCAGGAGGAACUCAAGAGGCUGCACCGAGCCCAGAUCAUCCAGAGACAGCUGGAGCAGGUGGAGGAGAAGCAGAGGCAGCUGGAGGAGAGGGGCGUAGCUGUGGAGAAAGCCUUGAGAGGGGAAGCAGGAUUGUAUAAAGGUACUUAUACAUUACCCAAACAGCACAAAAGAAGAUCAGACUAUUGGGGAGAUUCUAAUUACAGUGAAAUCCUGGACUUGCAUCUGGGCGGCAUGGGCAAGAAGGACGACCCCAAGCUGAUGCAAGAGUGGUUCAAGCUGGUGCAGGAGAAGAAUGCUCUGGUCCGCUAUGAGUCCGAACUCAUGAUAUUUGCCAGAGAGUUGGAGCUGGAGGACCGACAGAGCCGACUGCAGCAGGAGCUCAGGGAGCGGAUGGCCGUGGAAGACAACCUGAAAACGGAGAAGGAGCUCGGUCAGGAGAAGCAGAUCUUGAACGAGAUGCUGGAGGUGGUGGAGCAGCGGGACGCGCUGGUGGCCCUCCUGGAUGAGCAGAGGCUUCGGGAGAAGGAGGAGGACAAGGAUCUGGAGGGCGUCAUGCUCUCCAAAGGCUUCAACCUCAACUGGGUUUGAGAGGAGUGAAAUAAUUUCAUCCAGCUCAUCAGGUCCUGGGGGGGGGGCUUGUGAUAGAGGUUCUCUGAACACCUGCAGCAGUGAACGCGGGUCAUGGUUCCCCCUCACGCUCGCAUACAUGGACGCUGCGCUCCGCCUCUGGAACCGACGCAGUCCGCGAUGUUUACCCAAAGCGGUCCCAGUUAAUCACUUUGCUUUUCCUCCCUGGAGAGGCGAGCACGUUCACAGCUUUAUCGUCCCAGCCUUGAGGUGGAUCCUCUCCAACGCAGAGGGGCUUUUAAAGAGACUUGUUCCAUUCUCGGUUAUCUAAAAGGGAAGAAUGCAGUUCGGUCCUGCUGAUGUAAAGAAUUGUGUUUUUGUGUAUAGAACAAGUUGCAUUUUUCGGGCGUAUGAGGGUCCAUUAUUUUUCUGGGGGGGAAAAAGGGGACGGCUGCAGAGGUGUGUUUUUAACUGCUGGAGUGAUCUCAGAUUAUCGGUCUGACUGUGGGACAAACAUCCUCUGCUGAAGCUGCCUUUCUAUCCAGUGACUGACUUCUGCAUCCUUACGAUACACAACACACAUUUACCCAUCGGGGAGUAAUAAAAUAUCAUCUUAUGAACCAUAAAUACACCACGAAAGGCUCAGUUCUUCCCCCUCACGGUUUUGUUUUCGCGAGUCAACACUAAAACUCCAUUUAACAUGGCCAUGGUUUUUCUAUGUAUUUAUUACCUCUGUUUGCUUUUAACAGAUAAUCAUUUUAGUUGUGUCUGCGUUCACAGGAGAGUGCCCUGAAUCCCCCCCCCCCGUGCAUGAUAAAGAAUCACCCGUAAGCCAUUGCAUGUCAGGAAUGAAGGCUGCAGGCACACAGAAUGACUUUACCGUGUCUUUUUACAUGGAGGACAUAUAAUGCUAUGCUGCUUACACAUUUCACGUGACUGGAUAAUGAUGAGUCUCUCCUUUGACAUGUUCACUGUUCACUCUAUAUCACACUGACCGCUGACGUUUACAACUAAUGGUCCAUCGCGGCGAUUGGACCUUUACGAUUCGUACAAUGGUAAACCGUAGCGGCGUAAAAACAAACCGUUCAAUGGAUUUACCUUUUUUGAAGGAACCGUGUCCCCGAGUUCAGAUUGUGUUUCCCCACCGUGUGCGUCAGCGUUGGAAUGUCGUGAAUAUAGCCGAUGUCACUGUUAAUGUGAGAUCAGCGUGGGUCACAUUACUCGUUUCGCGCCACAGGGCUUUCUCUGCUGGUUUUAUAUUCUGCAGUAUGUGACGAGUGCGCCACACACCACUUUUAUCAUCAAACAGCAGUGUUAAUACUUUAUCCUUGAACAAGUUGCCUUUUGGAUUUUCAUUCUUUAUAGUGAUGCUUUGUUUUAUUUUUCUGAAUUGACUUGCUUUUUGACGUAGUCACGUGUGUGUGUGUGUGUGUGUGUGUGUGUGUGUGUGUGUGUGUGUGUGUGUGUGUGUGUGUGUAUCCCACUGGAACUCGAGAUUUCUACUUGUCUUUUAUUUUUUUGUACAGCGGGACCCCAAACAGAUGGAUGAAUUUAAAUGGGGCCGUUGAAGAAAAGCAAAGUGCUUCACGAGCAACUGGCCGCAAGCAGGAACAUUACGGUUCACCUGAUGGUUAUUCAAAUCUAACCGCCUUUUUCACAAACGCAGGUGGUCACCGUUUUACAGCACAGAAACACGAGAGGCUAUAUUUAUGACUUGGUAUUACAUGUGAAUAAAACAAAGCGAUAUCAUUUCAAGGGUUGUUGCUUUAGAUGACGUGUGGCAAGUUUGACUCGAUUGUAUUGAUAUUUAUUAACGUGUGCAAACUGUAUCAUAUGUAAAGAAGAUGAAUCCUAAUUUUUAAACUGUUCAGUUGAGUUAUGACUUGUAAUGUAAGUGCUUCAUGUAGCUAAAUGCAUAGGGGUGUUGGAUGUAUGCUGAAAAUGGCAAUAAAACAAUGCAGUUCUUUUAAAAGGCUCUCUUUACA